UUUUGGCUCGCCCAUCCACGCACAAUUAUUUGUGGGACUUCCAUCUCCAGUUCGCUCACCGCCUACUCCAACCCGCAUGACCCAGCCCCAGGCCCAGUGACAUGCCAUACACCCACCACCCGAGAUCGGGACGCCGCCAUGGCCGCGCUUAGGGACCGGGGGGACGCCGCCAUUAAGCUCUUCGGCCGCACCAUCCCGCUCCUCGACGCCGCGGCCGAGGUUGUCACCAAGCUUGGAAAUGAUGCAAACAGCAAUGAUGUCAUGCCUUGUGUCUCAAACAAGCUUUUGAAUGUCGAAGCAACUCCUUUCUGUUCCAAGAAUAGAGAGCAGAAUGAUCAAGCUAUCAGCAAACAUGGGGUGGAAGUGAGAACUGGUUUCAAAUCUGAGGAGAUUAAAACUGGGUCUGAUGGAUCUGGCCAAGACAAGGUACUCAAGAAGCCUGAUAUAAUCGUGCCAUGCCCUCGCUGCAAUAGCAUGGAAACAAAGUUCUGCUACUUCAACAAUUACAAUGUUAGCCAGCCCAGGCACUUCUGCAGGAAUUGCCAGAGGUAUUGGACUGCUGGUGGAAAUAUUAGGAAUGUCCCUGUAGGUUCUGGAAGACGCAGAAAUAAGCAUGCCUCUCACUUCCGCCAUGCUAUGAUGUCAUGUGAUGCUAACAUAGCUGCUCCCGGAGAUGUUUCCAAUGAGAUCCACCAUCUAGCUCUUCCACUUUUACCGCAGGUUCUUCCAGGGCCAAUUAAAGAAAAUGAAACAGUAAAGGAGUUCGGAUCUCAAGUGCCAGUUUGUAAGCCUAUGUCUUCAAUCCAUAAUAUUGAAGAACAGAAGGAUACUCACCUUGUUUCCUUGGCCUCUGGUGAUAAUAGCGAAGAACAAUCAUGUCCAUCUCCAGCGACAGUGUCGGGUUGCUCAGAAAAUCAUACGCCGGAUAGCGCGGUUAAAAAAGAGCCAAGCAAUGUGUUAGGAUACUAUAAUGGCAUCACAUUGCCUCACCCUCACGGACCUGCUUUGGUGUUUCCCUGGAGUCCUGGAUGGAACAGUAUUGCUGUCAUGGCAGCUGCUCAGUGCUCAACAGAGCCCAUUCAAGGGUUGGAAAAUGUGAAGCACGGUCUGCCGCCGUGGGCGCCUCCAUUGAUGAUGGCAGCUCCAGGAAUUUGCACGCCUGUUGUUUCCUUUCCUAUGAUGCCACCACCACUUUGGAGCUGCAUUCCUGGUUGGCCUAAUGGAAUGUGGAGUUCACCAUGUCCUGGAAGUAAUGGCCCUCCAAACAAAAUCACAUGCUCAGAGGACAAUUCUCCUACACUUGGAAAGCAUUCAAGAGAAGCAGACCUGCAAGAAGAGGAUAGGGAAAACAACGUACAGGUCCCUAAAACUCUAAGAAUUGAUGACCCAGCUGAGACCACAAAGACUUCGGUCCGGGAUACUCUAGGCAUCAAACCUGAUGAGAAAGGCAUGUUUGAGCCUUUCCAGAUGAAGGUUCUAAAAAAUGACAAGACACCAGAAUCUCCACAGGCUCUGCAGGCCAAUCCAGCGGCCUUUUCGCGCUCUCAGUCAUUUCAGGAGAGGACUUGAGAAGCUUGAUCUCAGUCAUUUCAGGAGAGGACUUGAGAAGCUUGGUCUUUUGUUUCUAACCAAUGCCAUCAGCCAUGAGUGUUGUCCAAAAGAAGGGGGAUAUGCCCAGUAUGGUCAGUGUUUUUUGCAGGGCAUCGUCUUGAGUUUAUAUGUUCCUAGACUGCAGGCACUCCUACAGCCAACUCAAAUCAAUUAAAGAUCUACCAGUGCUCAACUUUUUGUUCAGCCAUCGUGUAGGUUCGUCAGAUGUUUCUGCUUCUUCAGGGAGUAUAUUUAUGUAAAACAUGCAGCGAGUUUUCUAAGCACUGGUCAAGUUUGGAAAGUGGCAUGGUGCAUCGAAAUGGUCAGCGAAACAUAGAGAACUAUGGUCUGCUGGAAUUCAGAGCGUGCUCCAUCUGCAAGCAUGAGACCUAUAGCGCUUACAUUGAUGGGGCCAAAAUGUUAAUUAUGAUGUUCUCUUCCGUUUUAGGAGGAUUGAUGCUCUGAUGUUUGUAUGUAGCUAACAUGUUCUCAAGUUUAUGAAAUGAUUGUUAUGCUAA